GAAGUGGGUGGCUGGAGCUGGGGAUGGAGCAAAGCCUGUGUAGCAACCACAGAUCAUUUUUUCACGAGAAAAGCAACGCCACACUAGAGAAGAACUGAGUGAGCACAUCGUGUAAAUGGGAGACAGCGAGGAAAACGGAGAAAUCUGUCCAGCGAAGGACGAAAACGUGAUGUGAUCAACCUGCUUUCUCUGCCUGCCUGUGUGUGUGUGUGUUUCAACGGAAGGACAUAUAGAGUCGCCACUGAUUCUCAUUGAUCUCGCCUUUUAAAAAAAAAAAAAUUUUUUUAAACGCACAGAAGCUCUGACAGCGUGCGGGCGUGUCAUGUAAUCCGCGAUUUGUAGUUUAACGUGCAAUAUGCAUGCAAUGAACUCUGUGUACAUGCAUGCACUGCUGCCUCCUCAGCUCGUAGCUUGCGUUGCAUAUGAUUUGGCUGCUUCUGAACUCUUAACAUGUAGCGGAUGGCUGUGAUAGAAGAAUCUGAAAGGAUGACAGUGGUUGAACUGAUUGAAUCUCUCUGGUGCAAUGAGCCGCUUGGAGUUUUAAGACAUAGUUUGUUUUUGUUUUGAAGUGCGAUCCGCGCUCGGGGUGAAGAUGUCUGCACACUUGUUUGGUUUGUCUAAUCGCGGGUGUGAUAAGCUUCGGUCUGACAGUCUGGGCUGUUCUGGGGGUUUCUUCUCUGUCUCUCAGCUGGACUUCAGCUCGUGCAGAGCACGCUGAUCCCACCGUGCAGCCUCUCGCUUAUUCAGCAGUUCCCACUACAGAGCAGCCUAGUCAGUAGUCUCUGUCUGUAUCUACCAGCAUGGGAUGUCAACAGCAGUUGAGCUCAGGAGUGGCACUUUUUAUACUUUUGUGACAUUUGACAGUGUCGUCUUUAGGUGGUACGGCGAGAGAACAUAAAGCUUUUAUCUAAUAGAAGUGGCGCUAGUUUGCUGUUAUUUGUCACGGUGAAAAAAAAAAGAGCGGAUAAUUCAAGCUUUUCGCUGAUCAGUGAUGUUAAGAGCAGCCGACACUCCGGUAGGCAUUUCGGUUUAAUGGUAAAUCGCCAAGCCGUGUUAGGCUCGCUGAAAGCCACGCGAGAGUGGGGCUUUUCUUCUCGCCACGUCACCUGGAAACCACAGGAGCCACGAGCCCCCCUCUGACAGGUGUGAACCCGGACACGCGCCAUGGAUGAUUCUGGGAUCAUCCGAAGACGCAGGCUGCAGAAGGAUCUGCCUCUGCCCCGAAAAAGUAGCAGUUGCAGAACCAGCAACCGGAAAAGCCUCAUCCUGACCAGUACGUCCCCCACGCUGCCACGGCCGCACUCUCCACUGCCUGGACACAUAGGAAGCAGUCCGUUGGACAGCCCGCGCAACUUCUCACCAAGCGGACCUGCCCACUUUUCCUUCGCUUCCUCUCGAAGGGCUGAUGGUCGUAGAUGGUCCUUGGCUUCUUUGCCUUCCUCAGGAUAUGGCACCAAUACACCCAGCUCAACGUCAUCCAGCUCGUCCCAGGAGCGUCUGCACCAGCUGCCCUUCCAGCCGACCAUGGACGAGUUGCAUUUCUUGUCCAAGCACUUUGGCAGCACAGAGAGCAUCACGGACGAUGACGGGGGCCGACGCUCGCCGCAUGUCCGCCCUCGCUCUCGGAGUCUCAGCCCCGGGCGAUCUCCAUCCUGCUAUGACAAUGAAAUAGUGAUGAUGAACCAUGUCUACAAGGAGCGCUUCCCCAAGGCCACAGCUCAGAUGGAAGAGAGGCUGGCAGAGUUCAUCCACAGCUACUCCCCGGAGAGUGUUUUGCCGCUGGCCGACGGGGUCCUUAGCUUCAUCCACCACCAGGUAGCUGAGCUGUCCAGAGACUGCCUGACCAAAUCACGUGAGGGCCUCAUCACCAGCGUCUACUUCUGUGAGCUGCAGGAGAACCUGGAGAGGCUGCUGCAUGAUGCUUACGAGCGCUCGGAGAGUUCGGAGCUCACCUUCGUCAUUGAGCUGGUCAAAAAGCUCUUCAUCAUCAUAUCUCGUCCCGCCAGGCUCCUUGAGUGUUUGGAGUUCAACCCAGAAGAGUUUUACCAUCUGCUGGAGGCAGCGGAGGAUCACGCCAAGGAGGGACAACUGAUGAAGGCAGACAUCCCUCGGUACAUCAUCAGCCAACUGGGGCUGACCAGAGACCCGCUGGAGGAAAUCGUGAAUCUUGAAAACUAUGACAGCGAGGGUCCACAUACUCCAGAGACUGAUGACUCAGCAGAGGGAAAAGGGAGAACCAUCAAGCCACCGAGUGAGGAAGAUUUUCAGAGCAUCAAACUGAUCAGCAAUGGAGCUUAUGGCGCCGUCUACCUGGUGCGGCACAGGGAGACACGUCAGCGAUUUGCCAUGAAAAAGAUCAACAAGCAGAAUCUGAUCCUGAGGAACCAGAUCCAGCAGGCGUUCGUAGAGCGAGACAUCCUCACCUUCGCAGAGAAUCCAUUUGUCGUCUCAAUGUUCUGCUCUUUUGAAACGCGACGACACCUCUGCAUGGUCAUGGAAUAUGUUGAGGGUGGUGACUGUGCCACUUUGUUGAAGAACAUUGGGGCUCUGCCUGUGGAGCUGGCAAGGAUGUACUUUGCUGAGACUGUUUUAGCCCUGGAAUACCUGCACAACUAUGGUAUCGUCCACAGAGAUCUCAAACCUGACAAUCUCCUGAUCACCUCCAUGGGCCACAUCAAGCUCACAGACUUUGGCUUGUCGAAGAUGGGUCUAAUGAGCCUCACCACGAACCUUUACGAGGGACACAUUGAGAAAGAUGCCAGAGAGUUCCUGGACAAGCAGGUCUGUGGGACUCCAGAGUACAUCGCUCCAGAGGUGAUUCUCCGUCAGGGCUACGGAAAGCCGGUGGAUUGGUGGGCCAUGGGCAUCAUCCUAUAUGAGUUCCUGGUGGGCUGUGUGCCUUUCUUUGGAGACACUCCAGAGGAGCUGUUUGGACAGGUUAUAACUGACGAUAUAGUUUGGCCAGAUGGUGAUGAAGCCUUGCCUGCAGAUGCCCAGGCCCUCAUAUCUGCUCUGCUGCAGACAAACCCUCUAGUGAGGUUGGGCUCAGGUGGAGCGUUCGAGGUGAAGCAGCACUCCUUCUUCUCUGAGCUGGACUGGAACAGUUUGCUGAGGCAGAAGGCAGAGUUUAUCCCUCACCUGGAGUCAGAGGAGGACACCAGCUACUUUGACACCCGCUCGGAUCGUUAUCACCACAUCAAUACGUACGACGAGGAUGACACCAAUGACGACGAGCCGGUGGAGAUCAGACAGUUUUCCUCCUGUUCUCCUCGCUUCAGCAAGGUGUACAGCAGCAUGGAGCAUCUCUCUCAGCUGGAGCAAAAAGCUACGACCUCUGUGUCCCGUCGGGAGCACAAGGGCCCGCGGGACGACAAGGUGACCAAGAGAGAGAGCCUGGGCAGCUUCAGCAUGAGGGAUAAGAGCUGGAGGACUGGAUCGCCUGAGAUGAAGCGCCUGUCUUGUUCAGAGUCCCUCUACAUGGAAGGAGACGCGAGCCCUCCCCUUGGUGCUCGGCGACGCUUCUCAGCACUGAUGGAUACACAUCGUUUUGCUUCACCCCUAGAGGGUGAGCCAGACUUCCUGUCCCGCCAGGCUCCCAUCAAGGUCCGUGGAACCUCACUGGAUGGGACCAGUGUCCCCUCACCAAGCCUCCUGGAGCAGAGGACCAGUCUGAAAGAGAUCAACGGGGCAGACAAGCCCCCUAGACCUGGAGAGACACCAGGCAUUACUGCAACCAUCACCACAUUGUCUCCAGGUCCUGCAGCUGCCGGUCGUGAUGUGAUGACCCCUCUGUAUGACCCUCUGGGGCCCCGGGCCACCAAUGACCUGGUCCUCCGCAGGGCGCGCCACCAACAUUUGUCUGGUGAUGGAGAGAAGCGCAACUCCAGACCUGGCAACAAGGUCAUCAAGUCAGCCUCCGCCACAGCCCUGUCUGUCAUUAUACCAUCAGUGGAGCCGCAUGGUGGCUUCUCCCCACUGGCCAGCCCCAUGUCUCCCCACUCUUUCUCUUCCAAUCCCUCGUCUCGAGACUCUUCACCCAGCAGAGACUUCUGCCCAGCAGUCAGUGUGCUGCGCUCCCCCAUUACCAUCCAUCGAUCUGGAAAGAAGUACGGUUUCACCCUCAGGGCCAUCAGGGUCUACAUUGGAGACAGUGACAUCUACAGCGUGCAUCAUAUAGUUUGGCAUGUGGAGGACGGCGGCCCUGCCCAGGAGGCCGGUCUGUGUGCUGGUGACCUCAUCACUCAUGUCAACGGGGAACCUGUCCACGGUCUGGUUCACACUGAAGUGGUAGAGCUUAUCCUCAAGAGUGGUAACAAGGUGACAGUGACCACCACACCUUUUGAGAACACCUCCAUUAAAGUGGGUCCUGCCCGGAAGGCCAGCUACAAGUGUAAGAUGGCCCGACGAAACAAGAGGACCAUGGGCAAGGAAGGCCAGGACAGUAAGAAGCGUAGCUCCUUGUUUCGUAAAAUCACAAAACAGUCCAAUCUUCUGCACACCAGCCGCAGCCUGUCCUCUUUGAAUCGCUCUCUGUCCUCCAGCGAGAGUCUUCCUGGCUCCCCAACACACAGUCUGUCUGCGCGGUCCCCGACUCAGGGCUACCGCUCCACCCCUGAGCCCUCAUACCUGGGUGCCUCCUCCCAGAGCAGCUCUCCAGCCUCCAGCACUCCAAACUCCCCUGCUCCCUCACAACACAUGAGGCCCAGCUCCCUGCAUGGCCUCUCACCUAAACUCCACCGUCAGUAUCGCUCUGCCCGUUGUAAAUCUGCUGGUAACAUCCCCCUGUCUCCGCUGGCCCAUACACCCUCCCCUACCCAGUCUUCUCCUCCACCCUUGCCAGGCCACACUGUGGGGAGUUCCAACACCACUCAGUCCUUCCCUGCCAAGCUCCACUCGUCGCCGCCUGUGGUCCGUCCCAGGCCCAAAAGUGCCGAGCCCCCUCGAUCCCCUCUUCUCAAAAGAGUUCAGUCAGCAGAGAAGCUGGGCUCACCUCUGACCCAGUCCAGUUCUACAGGAGGGCUGGGGGGUCCGCUGAGGAAGCACAGCCUGGAGGUGCAGCACUCUGAGUAUCGCAAGGAUGCCUUCCUCUGUGAGCUUGGGCUCCAGAGCCUGUUGGAGACAGAAGGGGAAAAUUUGCCUCCUAAUCCUCCGCCCCUGCCCUCAUCCUCCUCUACACCAGAGACCGGUGUACUCAAGCCAGUGAGGAGACUAGGGAGGCAGGAGUCACCGCUUAGCAGGGAAACACUGCUGGCUGGGAGGGAGAGAGAAGAGAGGGAGAGAGGAAGGGAGAGGGAGAAAGAGAGGGAGAGAGACGCCGGGACAAGUCGAGUUGGAGCAACAGCAUCCCCGACAUCCUUAACAAGAAAACCUCAUACAAGUGAGCUGCCCUUGAACUCACAAAGCUCCAGACUAAAUGCAGAAACUACUAAAAUUACAACUCCUAGCACCCCUACCAAAACAACAGGAAGUCUAUGUGGUCAGAAGGCACCUGAAAAGAUUCACCAGGGUCAGGCAGUCUUAAGUCCAAAACAAUUAGAUCCCAAGGCAGCCAAAAGUGUGUUAUCUAAUAGUAAAGAUCCCCAGGAGCAGCAGCAGGGUGGUAGAACUGAUCCAAAGCAGGAAGGAAACAGUAGGAGUGGUCCCAGUAGGCCUGGUUUACCCGGUGCUGCCUUCACUAAGAGCUCUGCUUCUACUCCAGAUAAAUCCAUUGGCAUCAACGCGACAGUGACGGCAGGUCCUCUGAGCAUGAACAAAACCUUUAAACCAUCAGGUAUGGGGGACAACCUGAGAAAGGCUGGAGCUGAGAGCAGUGACUCGAGGACUGCAGACCUCAGCUCUAAAAGCCCCAAACUUCCAGCUCGGGUCCUGGCUCCCGUCGUUCCCCCACACGGGCAGCCACUUUCUCUAGGCAAGGUGAGGCAGGGACUCGGGGCCGUCAACUGCUACAGGGGAACUCUUGAUUGGGAGGACAAAUGUCGCCUGGAGGUAGUGGAGGAGCAUUCACCUUCCCCUUCUCCCUCCCCUACCGCUGUCACCCCCUCACUCUGCGGGCCUUCCCUUUGCAAGUCGCGGCCUGUCUCCCCUGGCGACAAGACGAGUUUCGUCAGCCAGCUGACCACUGUGGCCAAAAACGUCCUCGGGCCAAUCAAGCUGGGUUCCCAGGAUGGGGCCAAGAGCAAAGACCAGCAGACUAAGGCAGCGGAGGAGAAGCAGGGAGGCACAGCGGGAAGGUCUGACACUCCUGCUGGAGGUCGAGUGCUUGUUGGGGCUGCAGUGGUGACCCAAAGUCCUGCUGGUUCACCACUAGAGAAAUCUGCAACAGGUAGCAGCCCGCCAAAAAUGUGACCCCAUGGGGUCCCUAAGUGGGACUUUAGGAAAAAAAAAAGAGAAAAAAUAUGCCUUUUUUUUUUUUUUGGAGGAGGAACAAUGCAACAGAAGUGAAGCACUUAAAAACAAUGUACAUUCCAGUUUCAGAGUAUAUAAAAUAUUAUUUAUUGAUUCCAAUCAUUGACUGAUUCUAACUUAAAACCAGGAGUAAAAAAUCUACUGUAAAGGUGCAUUAAUUAUUGAUUUUCUAUUAUAAAUUAUUUAAUAAUGAGACUUCUUAAUGUAAUGUGGAACACUUUAUCAGAUGUAUAUGUGUGUGGGUCUAUGUGAACGCAUGUCAUAAGAUAUGUACUGUACAAGUAUAGUAGGUACAAGGGGUCAUAAAGUGCUUUACCGAUCAAAACAUGCUGAAUACUGUGAAUACCAAAUCCAGUCACUCUAUUUUGUCUUUCAACCAGCCCUGUCUUAUUUUACUGCUUAUCAAAUCAAACAAGGCAAUGAAGGCACAGUCGACCUGUUAUACUUUCAUCCAACAACACACAUGACCCACAGCAUCAGUUUGGCUACAAUGUGCAAGCAACGCGAUGAUUAAGCUCAUUUCUUCUUCAUUCGGGAGUUUGCUUUCUCUCAGUUGCACAGUCAGACAAUGCCAAAGCAGGCACCCUGUCAGUGGAUGUCACAUCAAGCACUGUCCAGCUCUGCCUGUCGCAGAGGAUUGUGUGCGUGUGUGUGUGUGUGUGUGUGUGUGUGUGUGUGUGUGUGUGUGUGUGCGUGUGCGUGUGCGUGUGCGUGCGCGCGCCACCUUGGGUCUAUUUCUGGUGGUUCUUGAAGGCUGUGUCCUGCUGCAGAGGAAAGCUGGGGUGACAGAGCUCAGGCUCAGCGCUUAUCUCCCCUUCGCAGGAGGGCUACCGCAGCCCUUUUCUCCCUCAGCUUCUGACUGUCAGAUGACAGCCUACACACAAGCACAUGCACAAAUUCACAAACACAUACACACAUUGCCAUAGGAGGCAGCAGUGUCAGCAGCUGAUUUUCAUGCAUUUAAAUCCAUCCCCCUGUGGUCCGUGAAUUGGGACGAGAGUGUGGUUGCGAGUGAGUGAGUUAAGAAGUGUUUUAACAUGUAUUUGUCUUUUCUAGGGGUAAUUAACACUCAGCACAGUUGACCCAGCAAGGGUCAUUACCGAAAGCAACCUGGACAUAAACAGUGAGCAGGGAGGAUCCAGUAAGAGUAACAGGUUUUUACUGACGGGAACAAAAAAUCACCUACUAUUUGAUUAACAAACCACACCGGCACAGCGAAGAUUUAUUCUUUGAAUAUAGUACAUAAAGGUAUAAGAAAAUAUCAUAAGCACAUACACAGUGAACCCAUUUGAAAGAACAGGAAAAGCAGGCAGUCAUGGAUGUAGCAUACCAUCAUUUAUUUGUUAAAGGGCUCAAUAGCUAAUGUAGGGUUUGUGGAUAUGGGCAUGGUAUAUCACACUGAACCUGUUAAUGUAAAAAACAAGGUUAUCUACAGUAUAAUGUGUUGUUAGGUACUACAAGCUAGGUAGUAAAGAUUGAUUAAUGUAUGUAACAUACUGAUAAUGGUGUUUGAAUCGAUCUCAGCCAGAGUGCAGAGAAGAGUAAAAUGUUCACAGGACAAAAACAACUUGUGUUCCUCUCCCACUGGUCUUAUUCAUCUCCUUAUUGUUCAUAUCUCAGUAACUAUCCAGUGUACAUAAUCUUAAGCAACUCAUUUACAGCCAUGUGGGAGGACCGCUGUCGCUACACAGCUUUGAUGCAUUUUUAAAUUUCACUUUCUGCCAGUGAUUUGAUUGACUUUAGUUUGAUUCUUCCAAGCUCUACAAAUGUAAACUGAUUCAGCCAGCAACAGCACAUGUAAACUUCACAACAAGACAGUUCAGAGGCUGAAAUGUAUUUUCUGGUCCAAACUUUAGUUUCUAAGAAUUAGUUCAGUGUGAAAAACAGUUUCAACUUGCUAAAUAUUAACAUUUAUUCUCCAGCUUUGGCUCUCAGCUGUUUUGGACGGGGUAGUUGGUGUACAGUUGUGCUGGAAGCGGUUGCUUGUUUAACAUGAGCUGGCAGCAACAUUUUGGUUUUAACUGGGAUAAAACCAAAACAGUGAGCUGAAAGUGGCUAAAAGUUUUUAUAUAUAUAUAUAUAUAUAUAUAUAUAUAUAUAUAUAUGAUUGGGCAGGAUUUGACCUUUCACAUAACCGGUCAUUAAUAUAAACAAUAUUGGUCAAUGUAUUUUUGAUGCAAUAUAAACCUUACAUUGUUUCAUGUUGUACCAAUGAUUUUACAAUACCCCAGUUAAAAGUCCCAUGCAGUACAUGCAUUAGCUAGUCAGUUUUGUUCAGUGUGGCACUCUACUGCCCUUCAGUGGUUCACAAUGGCCACUGUUGAACAUGUCUCCAUAAAACGUUUAUUAAUAAUUCGCUGGGAGUGAGAGUUUCUAUAAUGAAGCCAGGACCACUGAUUUUACUGCAGAAUGGAUGUUAUUAGCCAUAGGGUUACUGAAUAUGCAUUUAUGUUUCUAAUGACAGAAUAUUUGCAGUAAUUAUCAGAUGAACACUUGAAACAUGAAUUUAUUCAUUUUCCGUUGUCGUGUUCUUCACGUGACUGUUAAUUAUAUCUUCUGGAAUAUAAGGAUUAACAUUUUUAAAUAUACUGUCUUAUAUAUUCUACUGAUAGGAAGGAUUUCUUUUAUAUCUUGAUGUAACAAAGGAGUCAUCAGGUCAGCUCUGUUCACCUGAUUAAGAAAACUAACUGUAAUGUAAUCUUAUACAGCUAUUAUGCCCACUUUCAGGCCUUUUCCCAAUCAAUGGUGUCUAUACUAGUGUUACAUGUUUGAGAAUUUCUUUUUUCUUUUUGUGAUUGACAGAGAGAGUAGUAUAAAUGCACUUUAUUUGAAAAAGAAAAAUCUUCAUUUGCUGGUAUUGUUUGUAAGUUACAUUGAGGAAAAGUAAAUAUAUUGUAUACAAAUAUGGAUUCUACAAAUGAACACAAAAGUCCAAGUAUAAAAACAUUCCACAUUUCUCUGUUCACUGAAAAUGUAUUUAUUUGUACCAUUGGGGCAUUUUUGUUUGUGAUAGAUGUGAUUCAAAUGCAGACACCUGAAGUGCAGUAUGUGGAAUAAAAUUCUGAGAUUUGUUCCAAAA